AUGAUCAUGAUACCUAUAUUAGUCGUUUUGUAUCUACUUGCAUUCUUCCAGAAAACAGUCAAUGCUCUUUUAGAUAUAAAUGACAUUCUACCACUGAAAGACGGCGAUAACAUUAUAACGGCUGCUGAAAGUAACUACAACCAAUUGAAGCAAGGUGUGAGGGACCAGUUCAAUGUACUUUAUAUCACUAUGCAUGGAAUCGAUGAAGAUACCAAAUUAGUGAAGUGUGCUCUCUGUUAUGAUUUCGAAAAGAACUAUCGGAGAGUAUCCAAAUUAAUCCAACAGCAGGCACCUGAUACUCCUGUCACAUUCUUCAUGGUAGAUGUCAUUGAUGUUCCUGGGGUUGUUAAGGACAUGAACUUAACAAAGGUACCACAUUUAGUCAUUUAUCCUCCUUCCAAUGAUGAUGACAGUUUUUCAUGGAUCAGCUCACCAUUUUAUCAAUACCCACUAACAGCCCAAAGCACCGAGGAAGAUUUACACUAUGGGAACUAUCUAGCCAAAAUACUAGGAAUUCAUCUCGAAAUUGACGAGCCUUUCAAAGUUCAAGAAUUUAUAUCGUACUUUUGCAUUUGCAUAUUACCGUUUAUUGUAGUUAAAAAGCUAAUAAUGCCAUAUAUCACAAACAAAUCGAAAGUAGCUUGUAUGUUACUAUCAUUUGGAAUACUCUUGGCAAGUAUUUCGGGAUUCAAAUUCACUCAAAUGAAUGGAAUUCCCUUUAUUGCAAAAAACGACAAGAAUGAAAUAAUGUAUUUCAGUGGUGGUAUGGGCUGGCAAUUUGGUAUUGAAGUCUUUUCAGUAUCAUUGAUGUAUUCCAUAAUGGCCGCUUCAUCAGUUUUUUUGAUAUUGAUGCAUCAAUAUGACCUAUUUGGGAUUCUGAAGUACCCAUUGUCGGUUCUAUUGGCGAGUUUUUUGUUUUACUUUUUUGCAUACUACAUAAGUUGCUUUGAAAUUAAGAGUCCUGGUUAUCCAUAUAUGUAUUAG